ACCCUUCCCAACGUCGUUUCGUUCCCUUCCUUCGUUUCCUUCGCCUAUCACCAGCAGCUAUUCUUCUACUUAACAAUGGCUACCUAUGUUCAGCCUGGCAGCACGCCGUACUUUACUCAGGAGCAGAUCGAUGAGAUGCGCGCUGAGCAGCACAAGAACGCCAAAAAGAGGCUGGCAUAUGGGCUUACCACCUCUAUUAUCGGCUUUCUUGUCAGUGUCGGUUUUCUAGGAUACUAUCUUUCGCAGUAUUUCGGGACUCGGGGGCGCAUUUACUAUAGGGGACGAUACAGCUACCGGUACAACGAAACCUACUUCACUACGCGUGCAGGUAUUUCUGGUGCAGCUGCAGGUAUUGGCCUUAUUUGCAUCAUCUGCGUCAUUGUCUCGUACAAAAAGACCAUGCGGAUUCUAAAUGACCCGAGUGCACCUUGGCUGCAGGCUGUCCAAAACCCCAACACCAGUACCACUCAUUUCGCUACCAAGCCCGAGUUCCAGAACCAGCCGUACCCUCAGCCGAACCAGCCGUACCCUCAGCCGAACCAGUCGUACCCUCAGCCGGAUCAGCAGUACGCGUACCCCGCUCCGCAGGUGCAGCAGGGCCAGGAGCAGUAUACUCCGCCGAACCAUCCGCCUCCAGCGCAGAUGAAAAUGCCCAAUGCCUAAUUUCGUGUUUAUAACAAUCGUUAAUAAAGAAAGUCGCG